CGUGGGUGGCUGAGAGGAGCGUAAAAGGAGCUGCGGCGCCGGUAUUUAACAGAGAGCCGAAGAGAGCAGCUCAGGCACAACAGUCCGACUAGAGCAGAGCGGUUUCAGCACCACAGCGAGCGGACAGCGACUAGAAAACUUCUCCAUCAUGGUUCUGAUCUGGACCCAGUUCGGUGUGAAGCAGAAAAACGGCAACGUGAAGUGCAAAGUGCGAGUCAUGCACAGGGGGGACAGCUCCGGCUCAUCAUCAUCAGCGGAGGGCACCAAGUGUGAGCAGGACACGCCCUGUCUGUCCAUCAAACCCACCGGCAAAGACUUCUACAAAGUCCUGGGUGUCACCCCUGACUCCAACGAAGAUGAGAUCAAGAAGGCCUACAGGAAGAUGGCUCUGAAGUUCCACCCAGACAAGAACAGCGACGCCGACGCAGAGGACAAGUUCAAAGAGAUUGCAGAGGCCUACGAGAUCCUGACUGACCCCAAAAAGAGAAGCAUUUACGAUCAGUUUGGAGAGGAAGGCCUUAAAAAUGGCAUUGCUCCAAGCCAAGGCAACCUCUUCCGCAAUAAUUUCCCCAGCGAUCCCCAUGCCACCUUCUCCUCCUUCUUUCACAACUCCGACCACUUUGACAGCUACUUCAGCAGCGACGGCGACAGCGAAGACGACCUCUUCAACCCCUUCAGGCGGUUUCCCUUCAGCCACCUGAGCGGCUUCGCUGGCUACGAGGCCGGCCAGCACAAAGGCCAGCGACGGUUGCAGGGUGACGCGAUUGUGCACGAUCUGCCGGUGACCCUAGACGAUGUGAUGCACGGCUGCGCGAAGCAAGUGAAGAUCACCCGCAGUCGCCUCAACCCCGAUGGCCGGAGCCUGCGAAACGAGGAGAAGGUGCUAAAUGUGGUGGUGAAGAAGGGCUGGAAAGCAGGAACCAGGAUCACCUUUCCCCGGGAGGGAGACGAGACACCCAACAACACCCCUGCAGACAUCACCUUCAUCCUCAGGGAUGAAGACCACCCAAGCUACAAGAGAGACGGCUCCAACAUCGUCUACACUGCCCAGAUUACCCUCAAAGAGGCUCUCUGCGGUUGCACGGUCAAUGUCCCGACGCUCGACAGCCGGAUGAUGCCUCUCCCCUGCAGCGACGUCAUCAAACCCGGCGCCGUCCGACGACUGAGGGGAGAGGGGCUGCCACUGCCCAAGAGCCCGUCCCAGAGAGGCGACUUGGUGGUGGAGUUCCAGGUGCUCUUCCCUGACAGGAUCCCACCGCAGUCCCGUGAGAUCAUCAAGCACAGCCUGGGCCAGUGCUAGCCCACUGACAUGGCCUCACCGUGCGUCUUCACCAUCACUUCACAACCACAGCCUUGCCUCUGGUGCUAAAAUCACAGCCAAUCACAGCCUCUCAUUGUGUUUGGAAACGGCAAGCGGUGCUGAGUUGUAGGUCGAACCGGACCUAAAGGACUUUUGGCACAACACACAAUUCUGAUGCCACAAGAGCAGAAGGUGCAGAACCAACAAAUGGUUUCUUUUGCUACCUGGAACAAACAUUCACUCAACAGCCUUCUCUUGAGCGAAAAACAGUCGUCCGUACUGUAAUUCUUGCUAACUUAAGGUGGGAUGUCAGUGUGCUGGUCAAGUCUGUCAAGACUUCCUUAAAACCCGAACAGUAGAGAGAAGCAAGGAAAAAAACAACUACCUUCUUGUUUUUCUUCUUAUAGUUAUAUGGUGCUCAUAUGACUGGACUUUUGCAUUGAUUUAUUACAAUAGCAUAAUGUACUUGUGUGCAAAGGUCUACUUUGUGUGCAAAAAUAAAAAAUGUUGUCUCUAAAAGAGAUUCAAUUGUCAAAUGUUCUAUUGAAUUAUCAGAAAAGUUUGUAUAUAUAAAUAUAUUUAUUGCAAUAUUACUGCUGCUCAUGUAUCUUGAAAACAUGAAUAAAUAAAUAAAUAAAUAAAUAAA